AUGCUGCUGAGGACGGCAGUGUUGCUAUGUGUGUGUAUAGCAACCCUCGCCGAAGAAAUAAAUUCGUACGAUCCAGACUUUGGAACGUUCAUUGGCGAGUUGCCCAACUUGGCGGACGGCGACGUUCGAGGGAAAGUCUAUGUUGUAAAUGAUACCACGUUGCAAAUUGUGAAUUUCACGUACAACGGAAAUGCUCCUGACCUCUACUUUUGGGUGGAUCGCAAAGAGAGUCCGACAAUUGACGGCACCAAAGUGCCAUCCUUCGAAUUUGGGAUUACUCCUUUGGGAAAAUACGAUAAUGCCGAGCAAGUUGUUCUGACCCUUCCAGGACGGCACAAGAUCAACAACUUUAAGAGCUUUUCACUUUUUUGCUAUAAAUAUGAGCACAACUUCGGUUCGGUAGCCAUCCCUGAAAACCUCAUAAUUCCACGACCUCAAUUUCUGGCCAGCGAAUUGAAAGGCAGCCGGUACUCGGUUGGUUCGGGUCCCAUUCUUCUCUUGGAUAAGCGAACGAUCAAAAUCUUUGGAUUCACUUUUGAUGCUGACAAAGCUCCAGAUGGCUACUUUUUCGUUGGAAGAGGCCCGAAUGUUGCUCAUGAUGCUGGAGUGAAAGUGCCGAUUCGAGGAAGAGACACCCCAGAGCUGUGA